AUGGCUGUCAUGUUCUGGGAGAAUGGUUCCUUCCUGCAUUUCCGAUAUGGCCACCUCUUCCAGCCUUCCGAGCCUAGCACAGCUCCGCUGCUCAUCAUGCUGAGGAAAGUCUUGCUCAAUCAAUUUCUACUUAGAAUCAGAAGACAGACUCUGCGUGGAAGUUUUAUGGUCCACUUCUGCACUUCACUAGCCGUGCUGGAGCCGGUGCGUCUGGUGACCAUGUUUUUCAUCUUCUACUUCCAGGACUUUAUGCUAUUGGGCCUCCGGUUUACCACGUAUCACAUCUGCCUUUUAGCACAGAUUAUAGCCAUCACCUGUGGGAUCUUACAUUACCCCAUAGCUUUGAUGGCUGGCCUGGAUUAUUAUUUCACAAUAACCAGAGCGAUGACUUCUAAUGUAUGUCGGAGAUCAUGGUACACAGUUGCUGUGGUCUUAACGUUAAUAAUAAUAAUAUACUUUAUUGUCAUUGGCCAUGUCACAGGACUGGACAAAAACCUUCACAAGUCUGGAUACCAGUGCCCUUUCUACAUCAGCAGUCAGACCUACUGGCUCUCACUAGGUAUGCUAUCGACCAUAUCCAUAGUUUUUGUCCUGUGUUGGUCAGAAGUGAGGGAGAUGGCACAGCCAAUGAAGCUGAUUUUGUAUAAGAGCGAGACUGUGCUGUUCUUCCCUCAUGGGCCUGACUGCAGCCCUAGAGACUGUGCGAGACAUUUCUUGACGCGGCUGCUAGUCUGCUUUGUUGGCAACUGGGCACCUUUUGUUUUCCUUCAAAUGCUCCUUGUGCUACUUGGUGUUCGGAUUCCUGCCUAUUUAGAGAUGAACGUUCCCUGGCUGUACUUCAUCAACAGCUUUCUCAUUGCAGUUGCGUACUGGAUCGGGCGUCGGCAAAUCGGGCUGACAGAGGAGGUCUGGAGUAUCGAUCCGUUUGUCAGCUGGAAAUUCUGCUUUGUCCCGUCGCACUCUCAGGAUGCAGAGGAAGCUCAAAAACCCACCGGUGAAACUGUGAUCUGUUAG